CCAAAAUAUAUAUUUUGGGUGCUCAUACUCCAAUUAUUUGUGACUGCCCAAUAUUGGUAAAGGUGACAGAAGUAGUUGUUAAGCCGCCAACGAAUGCAAAAGUCAAUUACAUGGGUCGGAAACCUGUCGAUGGCUGAUAAACUAGUUGGAAUCGUCUUCAAUUAGUGCAAGUCUGGAGGUCCGACUUGACCUUGUCACAGGAUGGUGGUAACAGGUAUUGGGCACACAGCUGUGGCAUUGGGUUAUUGUACGCUUAACCUGUGUCCAGUGGCCUAUAUAAAGGAGUCAACCGAUCCAAAGAGCACUUGUAUUACUUUGGCAAUCGUCUGAGAAGAGUGUUUAAUAUUGUUUCAGUUAUGUUCUCCAAGAUUAUUUUGUUGGUUGCUUUCCUUGCUGUGGUCAACGGUGGAUUGCUGCCUGUUAAACCCGCCAACUCCGAGGACACUUACGAUGCACAUCCUCGCUACGAAUUUGGUUACAAUGUGGCAGAUGCGGACAGUGGCGAUGUCAAGUCGCAGCAGGAAACACGAGACGGCGACUUGGUGCAGGGUCAAUACACAUUGAACGAUGCCGAUGGCUAUCGUCGCAUUGUGGACUACACGGCGGAUGCGGAGCGUGGUUUCAGCGCCGUUGUGCGACGUGAGCCACUGAAUGCCGUUGCUCCAGUUGCCGUUGUAGCUAAAAAGGCAAAAUCAACUGUGCUCACACCGAAGCUACAGCCAGUUCAACCAGCUGUGGUGGUCAGAAGCUAUGCCGCGCCCACAUUGAUCCACCACGCGCCAGUGGCGCACGUUGUGCACGCUGCUCCCGCACCCACGAUUGUGGCUCAUCACGUGCCAGCUCUGUUGAAAUCAUCGAUACACGCUGCCCAUCCACAAACUAUUUCAUAUGUAUUCCAGCACUAGGGAGAGAGAGGGAAAUAAUGUCUGUUGGCAUAUUUAGUGACUGCAAACGUUUCUUGAUUAUCAAUAAAUACGCCCGAUUUUUACGAUUAAAAAAGAA